AUGACUAAUGGUAAUGUUUGGCGAAGGCUAGUUACUUGCUUCUCCUCUCUUAAGCUCUACUUGAAACUCUUGUGUCUCGUUGUCACUGUUUUUGUUCUUCUCCAAAUCUCCUCAUUUCAAAUUACUCAACAUUCACUUUCAUUCCCUCCUGCACUAUGGACAUAUCUGGAACAACAACCUCAACAAGUAUCUCACAACGAGACGGCUUGCUUGAUGGAGAAGCUACGUGAAUCGGUGACAUUUCUUCCCCUCAAAGACUUACGGUUUUCAAGCAAACCCCUCGAGGGUCAUACCUGGUUUAUGAGCUCUCUCGAUGAUAACCAAACCAAAGGUGAGGCUCAGUUUCAAGAAUUUCCUUCAGAUUCUUCUAAAGGAAGGCUUUUGUGCUUGAAAGGGGUUGAUAAGCAUGAUGGAUCAUGGAACUACUACGCGAUGGCAUGGCCAGAAGCUCUUCCGUUCAAUUCCACUCUUCAGGACGGCUUGACGUUUGUGUCUUAUAAUCAAUACGAUUACGGUAACUUGUGGCAUGGACUAACGGCUGUAGUCCCGUUUGUUGCGUGGAGCUUAAGAAACCAAUGCGAAAAGCCUCAAAGAUGGGUUUUAUACCACAAGGGAGAAAUAAGGUAUGGGAUGGGGAAUUGGUUGAGCGAGAUCCUCAAAGCAACAUACGGCCGAGAACCGAAGUUUCUCCGGUUUGUAGAUGAGAACAAGCCGGUUUGCUUCGAGAAGGCGGUUGUUAUGAGACACAAUGAAGGUGGAAUGUCAAGGGAGAGAAGAAUAGAAGUGUUUGAUCUCAUUAGAACCAAAGCGAGAAACUACUGUAACAUCAGCUCAUCCGAGACAUCAAAACCGCGAAUCGGUAUGACAUUGCUUAUGAGAACGGGACCAAGAUCAUUCAAAAAUGAGUCAGCCGUGAUUAACGUCUUUAGAGGAGAGUGCGAGAGAGUAGAUGGGUGUGAAGUAAAGGAGUUGGUCAAGCUUGUGUACAAAUGGGGAGCUAAUUGGUCAGGGAUGAGACAUGAAGGUUCUUGGCAUGACCCGGUUGGGGAAACAUGUCAGUUUCCUGAUACUGAUAGGCGAUGUAUGUCGUUGGUCUAUAAGAAUGCUAUGAUUGGAUACAAUGAGACUUAUUUUGGCGAGUGGGCAAGAAGUGUUUUGGGAAGGUUAGCAUUAGAGAGAAGCAUGAGAUCAAGUAAUGCAACUGCUGUUAUGUUUCCAAGACCUGGUUUUCUGACCAAUCCAACACCCAGUUUUCCUCAGUUUCCAAGACCUGGUUUUCUGACCAAUCCAACACCCGGUUUUCUCAGUUUCCAAGACCUGGUUUUCUUACCAAUCCAAGACCCGGUUUUCCUCAGUUUCCAAGACCGGUUUUUCAAGCAAUCCAACACCCGGUUUCCCAACCAAUCCAACACCCGGUUUCCCAACCAAUCCAACACCCGGUUAUCCUCAGUUUCCGGGCAAGGUUUUCCAAACAAUCCCACACCUCUCCCUCAAUAUCCGAAUCCCGGUUUUCCAAGCAAUCCAACACCCGUUUUCCUCAAUUUCCCUCGCCGAACCCUCAAUUUCCAAAUCCCGGUUUUCCAAGCAAUCCAACACCCGCUUUUCCUGAGUUUCCCUCUCCUAACCCUCAAUUUCCAAAUCCCGGUUUUCCAAGCAAUCCAACACCCGCUUUUCCUCAAUUUCUCUCUCCUGUCCCUCAAUUUCAAAAACCCGUUUACCCUUAGUUCCCUCCUGCAACGCCUGGAUCGCCCUCCUACAACCUCCAGCCCGUUCCUUUGA